AUGCAUUCCAGUAACCCCAAAGUGAGAAAUUCCCCAUCAGGAAAUGCCCAGAGGUAAAUAGCUUACAUUUAUAUAUAUAUUCUUCCCCUCUCUCUGUGUCUCUCUGGUGGCAUUAUGACAUGAAUAGCUAUUUGCCUUCUGUACUUUAAUUGGAACCCCCUGUCAUGUGAGUUUCAUCUGCUGAGUGCUAUUCAAGUUUAUUCUGAUAUGGAGAAUUCUCUUCAUGUGCUGGUUCUCUCUGCCUUUAUAUGAUAUUUCAUAAGAAAUUACAAGUUUUUGCAAUCUCUUUUGAGGUUCUUGAUUUUGUAGUCACUUGUGUUUUCUUGUUGUUUUUUGCCCCCAUUGAGUAUCUCUGGCGCAAUCCUCUAAUUUGACAAAACAGCCUUUGAGAGGGUGACAGUUUUGACCAUUCCACUUGACAGCACAUAGUGCUUCCACUUCCAUUUUACGGGGAAGGUAAAUAUUGGCACAUAGAGGAAGUGUUCCCAUGUCACUUCUGUCUUGGUAUAGAUGGAACAAAAACAUUCGCGCCCCCCCCCCCCAAAAAAAGAAGCAGAAGUGCAAAGAAACAUCCUUAGAACACAAAUUUGAAUGGAAAUUGUAGCUAUUUUGCCUGAGGUAACCAGAUUUCAUUAUUAUUAUUAUUAUUAUUAUUAUUAUUAUUAGUUUAUCAGAGCAUUAAUACCCCAAACUUCACGCCACUUAGGACAACUUACAAUAUAAAAAAACCAGUUUUAUGAAAAUGGUAGAAAACAAUUGCAAAAGAGGCAGAGGUAGCAGUUUAAAAAAAUCAGAAAAAGCAUUAUCUGCCUCAUAUUAUAAAAGCCUUCUGGGGAAAAAACAGUUAUUCAGUAACUGGGGGGGAAAGCUGUGUAGGAAGUGACCAACCAUGGGCCAAAUGAAUAUGGUAAUCUGGUUGUUGACAUGGAGCAAGUCCUCUCUCAUAUCUCAUCCAGCCAUAUUUCUACCUUUGAUGGGACACAGAGAAGGGUUUCUCCUUAUGAUCUUAGGAAUGGUAUGAGUGGAGGGGAUCCUUGAAGUAUUCUGGACCUAAUCCGUUUCAAAAGAAUUGUGCCCAGAAGCACAUUUGUACCCUGUGUGUAUUAUUGGAUUGUGGAAGGGGUGGGUAGGUUCCUUCUCAUCUUUAUUGCUGUUUUUUUUUAUUACAUUGUAUCUGAGAGCUGAUUCAUAUCUUCUGCCACUCAUGUGCAUCUUACAGCUCUUUCAAGUAAUCUACGACUCAAAGAAAUUGAGUGAUCUUACAGACCAGCUUCCAUUAUCAGGGAAUUCUAUCCCUGAUCUGGUGUGUUCCUCUUCAUGCAAGUUGGCUACAUAUACAUUGUGGCUGAUGACUAUAAUUAUGGAUCAGUUCUGAGAUUCAGCUCUUUUUAUUCAGUAUAUUUUCCCCACAUCUACUGUGCUGAUGAAAUCUAGUUCAGUGCUAUUUUACAAUAUUCUUUUGCACUUGUUUUCAGAAAGAUGCAAUUUUUGCCUCUAACAGUUGAAAGUAACUGAAGCGAGCAUUUUUAAAACUUACAUUCCGCUGGCAGGUAAUGGAUAGAAAUUCAGAGUUGUGUAUAAAUUCAGUUGAACUUUCAUGGAAAAACACCCCCCCCCCCGACAGUUGAGCUGUGUUGUUUGAAUCCAGAUGGGUGGCAUUGUGAACUUUAUGGUGCCCUGCUUAUUUGCUUUGUGCUGGUCUUAGUGUGAGGCAUGUCUUUGUACAUAGAAACCAUUGUCUUUAUUGACAGAAGUGACAGAGGUACAUCCCCAUGUGACUGACUGGUUCCUAGGAUCUGGGUAGUUGCUGCCUUUCUCUGUUUGCUUUAAGUAGUAAUACCUCAAGCUGGAUAAUAAGGCAUUUUUUUAGAUAGCUGCUGGACAAUAUGCAUGUGGAUGAAUUUAACUUACCGGUGCUGGCCACACUCUGUAAAAUAAGCUGAGCUGGUGGCUACUGCUGCGUAAAUUGGCAUUCUUAUACCUUUUAUUACACAUUACUCUUCUUCCCCACCUUUCUUUUCCAGUAGUCCCAAAUCAAAGCAGGAGGUGAUGGUCCGUCCCCCUACAGUGAUGUCCCCAUCUGGCAACCCCCAGCUGGACUCUAAAUUCUCCAACCAGGGUAAACAGGGGGGCUCAACUGGCCAAUCCCAGCCCUCUCCCUGCGACCCCAAGAGUGGGGGCCACACACCAAAAGUGCUCCCAGGACAAGGAGGAAGCAUGGGGUUGAAGAAUGGGGCUGGCAAUGGUUCAAAAGGGAAAGGAAAGAGAGAGAGGAGCAUUUCAGCGGACUCAUUUGAACAAAGAGAUGCUGGGACUCCCAGUGAUGAAUCUGAAAUCAAAGGUAUGUCUACAUGUGAAGGGGCAGAAAUAUGAGUGGGUGCCAGCUUUUACUGAGAGCCUCUGUGAUUUUUUUUAACUUGCUCUGAACCCUAGAAAUUGUAUCAGCCAAAAUGAGUCAGUUCUGUAUAUCGGCAUGAAGGAAGAUUUUUGACAAUUGGAUUGGAAGACUUGGAAAAAGCAGCUUCCUGCCAAAGCACAUGUUCUGAAACUUGUCACAGUGACCCCCUUUUAAACUAAUAGUUCCUCAAGUGUAAAAAGAGGCAAAAAAUUUGUCUUUUCAAGAGUGUUUUGUUUGAUAUGCUUGAUAAGAAGGCAGGUCCCACAAACCCCACAGCAAGCUGUGGUCAGUUUUGAUGUGUGCCUAGCGGUGGGCCUUUCUUCCGCUGCAGGCAAAGGUCUCAUUUUCUCAGGAAGAGGGUGUCUUUUCCAUAGGUUUAAAUGCAAACACCACACUAUAAAAAGGCCCAAGUGCCAUUCGUAAUUGACAUGAUCUGAGUGUAUUCUGUGCUUGGGUAUCUCUAGUGAAUUAUGUAAUGUCACAUAAGGAGCAGCCAUCAAAAUCUGAGCCUGUAUUUCUGUAAGUGUUAAAAGAAUGGGUUUUGCUUUGCUUCUCAAAAAUGACACAAUCUGUUGUUUGUGUGCAGGAUAUUUAAGUGGGUAUUUUUGUUUUUUCAUUGUGUUGACAUGUUAAUUUCAUAGAUAUGUUAAUCCACUGAGACCCUCUUGGAAUAGAGAGGGUUAAAAAUCUCAUUAGAGGAACAUUAGUCCCCUUGGAGAAGGCCUAUAAGGAAAGGAAUAGCUUGUGAAACAAAAGUUGGAGUAGGACAGAUGAUAAAUAGUCUGUGUUUCUUAGGUUGGGAAGAACUAAGUUAAUGCUGUGCCCACUUCAGGAUACGAUGGGAGCAGUAAGAGGAGCUUAGCCCCCAGAGAGGAAUUUUUGCUCUAUAGUAGUGCUUGUUCCUGUAUAUCACAGCUCAGUAAGGCUGGUCUCUGAGCAGUCAGAUAUUUUCACAGCUUAUAAUUGAUGACCAGCAUUUCCACCCACUUGAAAUAUAGCUUUGAUUGGGGUAGGGAAAGUGUUUCUGUUGUUACUGUAUGGUGUCUUAGGCUACAGGAAUGCAGCUCUAAUCUGUCAAUCUCAGGAGUCCUGCUUGGAAUAUCAUAGGGACUGUUCAUGUUAGUCUUACGGGUGUUGUUGCACUUGUGGAAUUGCUGUUUAUGUAAAUCACAUGUGCUUGGGACUGUCUUCAGUGGCUAACAUAAUUUGUGUGAUGGUGGCCAGUGUUCUCCACAUAAGCCCAAAUGUGUCAAGCUCUGCUUGAAUUCUACUCAGUCCUGAGGCUGCUGGGCUCAAGAGAUUCACAGGGGCCACUAGCUGAAUUCAAGCGACCUGAAGCAUGCAAUUAUAUCUGGCUACCCCAUUCCCCCACCCCAUUUCCCCAUCUCUUUUAUUUUACUUUUUGCUUUCCCUUCUGUUAUUUGAUUGCAAGCCUGCAGGUGAGAUUAUGUUGUUUAUUUAAUUUUUGCGCAGCACCUUCGAGUUUGAGGGGCUUUGAUCAUUACGGGUUCAGUGCUGAGGAUUAGGGCAUUUUUUGUCCCAUCGGCACUUUUUUCAACAAGUGACUUGUUUCUCAUUUUACUUGGCUUAUGAUGUUUUGCAAAGAAAAUAAAAUAAGAAUGUUUUGUAUUGCCAUAUGUGGAUCUUGAAACUUUAUUACUUGAUUACUGUGUGGUGUGGACUUCUUAAAGUUUCGGAAACCAUUUGACUCUCACUUAGCCUCUGAACCAACCCCCAUGUCUCAUGUGUUGGGUAAGAACAAUUUAAAUGUGAAAAUAUUACAUUAAAUAUGGUGAGAAAAUCUAUACAGCCAAAAUGCUCUGGCCUAUGCAUAUGUUGCUUACACAUCAGCUUUGUACUGAUUUUGAAUAGACUCUAGGAUUUGACUCUAGUGUAUUUCUUGGGAAAGGCAAUGAAGUGGUGUAAAGCUUCUAAGAACAAUCUCCUGUGUGCUGUUGUCAUUGCUGGUGUGUCAAGGUGGGAGCAAUUGUCCUAGGUUAGCCUUACCUUGGUAGAAUUUAUAGUAUGUCUUAAACUAAACAACUAUGGGCAGGCCAUCUCAGUUUGAGGCAAACUGGGGGAAAGUGUUUUAUCUAGCUGAACAAUGUGGAAGGUUCAGUAGCUUUGCCGGUGGAGGAUUCCACACACACCAGUGGAAACCAGUCAGAUUUUUUUACAACAGCUGUGGCUGAUCCGUGCUGUGCCCCCGAGAUCCCAAUGACUUUUGGCAUCAAUGGUGAAGGGGGGGGGGGGAGGAACCAUGCACAAUAUUUUGGUGGGUGAAGCAGGGUACCCUGAUGAGGAUGGAGAAUCACUCCUUUCCUGUUGGGGGGGGUCUUCAUGGAUCAGCUGAGGAGGGGUGAAACCACGUCCUUUGUGUGGGCACACAUAUACAGAAGUUUUCAUUAAAAGUGUAUAGGUUUGCUAUACCCACUGCUGGCAUGCAGACCCUGGAGGAUUGGCCAAAGAUGAAUGUGGCCCUCAGGCCAAAAUACUCUUAAGAGUUUUCCUUGUGGAUGUGUGGAAAUUGACAAAUCUAUAAGAGUAUACUAUGAAUGACUGGAUUUUAAAUCACACAAAGUGUAAUAGUAGAAGUGGUGGUGCAAAUGGGAGAAAAAGCCUGAAGUUGUAAAUGCCAGCUAUCAAUAUUAGGAUAGGCAUUCAUAAGAAAUAAUUGUCUUAUAUAAAUGCCAGAACAAAUGAAUCUUAUGGUGGGUGAUUGUACUGUAUCUAAAAUGAAAGUGCUACUAAGUGAGCUACUGAAAGAUGGGAAUGGAAUUUUGAUAUCUUUUUUGAGAUUGAGACCUCUCCACUACUUCCGUUUCAGAUCUUGGCUCUGCUGACCAUGCAAAAUCGCAAGAGUCCCAGCAUACUGCACACUCCUUGGCUCCUUCAAAUGCCUCAGCCCCAAGAUCUUCCACGCCUUCUCAUGGUCAGGCGGCCCCUUCAGAGCCAGGUAGUAUGCAGAAGACUCCAUCCAAAGUGGUCUAUGUCUUUUCAACAGAGAUGGCUAAUAAGUAAGUGACACUUUAGUUUACAUUGAAUGCAGUAGCCACAGCCUCUGGUUUAGUUCUGUUUGCUGCUUAUACACGAUGACAAGUUAUAUCCAUUCAUGGCUUCCACUUGCAACCAUAUCUGCUUAAAUAGGUACCUGUACCUCCAUCACAUCCCACGAGGAAGGGCAUGAAUGUAUGUUCUACAUUGAAAGAGAAACCUUCUAGGAAAAUGAAAAACUGUGUUUUGCCUUGUGGACAAUUUGGCACUUAAUUGUGCAUUUGUAAAGCACCCUGAUAGAGGGUGGUAUAGAAACCAAUUAAAUCAUAAAAUAACAUCUUCGUUAGAUGUUGUCCUCUUUAGUAGAGGUAUAUUACGUUUACAGAAAGAGGGCCCACUGAAUGGCAUCCGACGGACUUUGGAAUGCCAUUUUUAAUGGGGUGUGCCUGGCACCAGCAAGCUUUUUGCACCAGGGGAAGACCUUCCCAUUUGCCAAGGUUUUAUAGAUUUUAGAUUAUUUUCUUUUUAAUUGUACUUUGUGCGAAUUUCACUUAGCUUUGUACACUGUCCUGGAAUCUUUCUAUGAAGAGCGAUUAAGAAAAAAGACGGCUAGUAUGUUAUCAAUUACAGAAAGGGCUGCAGACUUUUGUUGACAGGGACUGACAUGCCCUGUGAUGUUUCAGCUGCUUGUGUUUGUCUUCAGGGCUGCAGAAGCUGUGCUGAAAGGACAAGUGGAAACCAUUGUAUCUUUUCACAUUCAGAACAUCUCUAACAAGGUGGAACGAAACACUGCACCUUUGGUAAGUAACUUAACAGAUGGAGAAGACAGUGUGGGCAGGAGGGGUGAGGCUGCCAGUGGCUUGACUGAAUGGUUAAAGCAUGAUUGGCGAAAGGUGAACUCAGAGCUUGGCCUUCCUCAUUGCCCUAGAACUAGGCUUCAUUUGAGCCAUGUGAAAUUACUUACUUGUCUUCCUUUUUCUUCAGAACACUCAGAUUCCACCACUUCGAAAUGAUACAAAGCCCCAAGCUCCACCGCAGCUGCCUGCUUCUCAAGAGCAGACUCCUCCCCAGAAUGCCAAAAUGCAGCAGACUCCACCCAUUCCAGUGCCGGCACCAGCACCCAAACCUACUGGCCCUCCAUGUCCUAUUGAGCAGGACAAUCCUGGAUUAGAAAGUAAAGUGAUGUCAGCAGGAAGUCCUGCGAACUCCACUCCUCUACAAACUGAAGGAUUUGGGCAAACUUCAACCCCCAGUAACAGAGCCGUUAGUCCAGUUUCCCAAGGAAGUAACAGUUCCACUGCGGACCCUAAAGGUCCCAACCAGCAGGUAUCUGGUGGGGACCCACCAAAUAUGGGUGAAAAUCCAGAUGGACUGUCCCAGGAGCAGCUGGAGCAUAGAGAACGUUCCCUGCAGACUCUGCGAGAUAUUCAGCGUAUGCUUUUCCCAGAUGAGAAGGAGUUCACUGGAGGCCAAGCUGGGCCUCCCCCGCCCAAUUCUGGAGUGCUGGAUGGUCCCCAAAAGAAGCCUGAAGGGCCAAUACAGGCCUUGAUGGCUCAGUCCCAAAGUUUAGGUAAAGGGCCAGGACCCCGGACAGAAGGAGGGGCUCCCUUUGGCCCUCCAGGGCACCGAGACAUGCCCUUCUCACCAGAUGAAGUUGGGCCACCAUCCUUAAACUCUCAGUCUGGUCCUAUAGGACCAGAGCACCUGGAUCACAUGACCCCCGAGCAGGUGGCCUGGCUGAAGUUGCAACAGGAGUUCUACGAAGAAAAGAGGAGGAAGCAGGAGCAGGUUGUACAGCAGUGUUCUUUACAAGACAUGAUGGUUCACCAGCAUGGGCCUCGAGGAUUGGUCAGAGGCCCCCCACCUCCAUACCAGAUGACCCCAGGUGAGGGCUGGGGUCCUGGGGGCCCAGAGCCCUUUCCUGAAAGUAUGACUAUGUCCCAUUCACUGCCCCCAAGGGGCAUGGCCCCCCAUCCCAAUGUGCCUGGUGGUCAGAUGCGGCUGCCUGGGUUUGCUGGAAUGAUAAACCCUGACAUAGAGGGUCCCAAUGUCCCAAACGCCACUUCUAGACCUGGGCUAUCAGGUGUCCCUUGGCCGGAAGAUGUGCCAAAAAUGCCAGAUGGCCGAAACUUCCCUCCUGGGCAAGGUGUGUUCAGUGGUCCUGGGCGAGGGGAGAGGUUCCCCAAUCCUCAGGGCCUGCCUGAGGAGAUCUUUCAACAGCAGCUGGCAGAAAAGCAGCUAGGACUUCCCCCUGGCAUGAGCAUUGAAGGCAUCAGGCCUGGCAUGGAAAUGAACCGGAUGAUUCCCUCUCAAAGACACAUGGAGCCCGGCAAUAACCCCAUCUUCCCACGUAUGCCGGUUGAAGGGUCCAUGAGCCCCUCCAGGGGAGACUUCCCCAAAGGGAUGCCACCUCAGAUGGCAGCUGGUAGGGACUUGGAAUUUGGGAUGGGCCCUGGUAGCAUGAAGGGGGAUGUGAAUCUGAAUGUCAACAUGAGUUCCAAUCCACCAAUGAUACCUCAGAAGAUGAGGGAAGCUGGAGUGGGCCCGGAGGAAAUGAUGAAAAUGCGCCCAGGUGUCUCGGAGAUACUCCCCUCGCAGCAGAAAAUGGUGCCCAUGCCAUUUGGUGAGCAUCCCCAGCAGGACUAUGGAAUGGGCCCGAGACCUUUCCAUCCUAUGUCUCAGGGCCCAGGUGUUGGUCUCCGGAAUCACAGAGAACAAAUGGGGCCCGACCAAAGGACUAACAACCGGCUUAGCCACAUGCCACCACUACCUCUGAAUCCCUCCAGCAACCCAAACAGCCUCAACACAGCUCCUCCUGUUCAACGCAACCUCGGACGCAAGCCCUUGGAUGUUUCCGUUGGUGCCAGCCAGGUUCAUUCUCCAGGCAUAAAUCCACUGAAGUCCCCCACCAUGCGCCAGGUCCAGUCUCCCAUGCUGGGUUCGCCCUCCGGGAACCUCAAGUCCCCCCAGACUCCAUCCCAGCUGGCAGGGAUACUCGCAGGGCCGACUGCAGCAGCUGCUGCUUCAAUCAAAUCUCCUCCUGUUAUGGGCUCUGCUGCCGCUUCUCCUGUCCAUCUCAAGUCUCCGUCCCUCCCAGCACCUUCUCCUGGAUGGACUUCAUCUCCAAAGCCCCCACUGCAGAGUCCUGGAAUACCCCCCAACCACAAAGCAUCUCUUGCCAUGUCUUCACCAGCCAUGAUGGGAAAUGUUGAAUCAGGUCAGUUGUGCUCACUUUCUCUACCAUCCUUUUUCUUACCUUCAGUAAGGUGCUACCUUUCCUUUAAACAAACUCUGCUCUGAUUCCUUUUAAUGACAACCUGAUGCACCAGACUUGGCAGGCUAGCUUGUUACCUUUCCGCUCCUAAACUGCUUUGUGUUGGGCACAAGAGCAGGGCCUGUAAAGAUAUUGUCAUAGUAUUAGUUGAUGUUUGGACAUAAUUGAACUGCGAAGAGAUGGAUGCACAAACUGAUUCCUCUCACUAGCUUAGAAACAUAGUCUUUUGUAUACAGGCUAGGUUGAAACAGGGUAGACUUGGAGUGAUUACUAGUGUAUUGUGUGUUGGGUAAAUUGAGUUCUAUUUGCAGAACACUCUGCCAGAGGCAGUUCCUUCUGUAGCUACUAGGGAGUUGAGGGACCUUCUGGAACACCAUGGGAAGUGUUGUUGGAGGCCUGGGGAGGGGGUAACUUCAAAAGUUGCUCUCCUUUCCUCCAGCAGGAACCUCUGUUGGAUCUGAGAUGUUUCUCAGAAGGGCAUGCAUGUCUGGAUCCAACCUCGUAUGCCAAAGUUUGCCUUGUUCUGAAGCAAAUUUGUUGCAGAUUUGAGAGUUCCUCCCAUGGAAACUUAGAACCAGCUCUUUUGCAUAUCACAAGCUGGUUCCUGUAGUAUUUUUGUACUGUAAGGAUUACUGUAUAUAAAUUCCUGAAACAAUGACAUUUUGUGAAGGGUUGUCCUCACUGAACAAUUCAGAUGGUAAACAGCAUUUGGUAAACUUUGUGUCUUGCUUGGCUUCACAGAUCCCUCCUGGGAGGAAGUUGGUUUAACAUUAGAUCACAGAUUUGGCUGUGAAUGGUUUUUAGGCAGAUGCCAGCUGAUUUCUGCAAUGGUUUUUGCCUUUACACAAAAUAUAAGCCCCUCUCUUGGUUCACAUGGUCCUGUUUGCCCUACAGAAUUGCAAGUCUCAUUGAAUCUUUCAGAUUUAUAGCUUAAAGUCCACUGGCUGUUCUCAUCCUGCAAGGUUCUAAUAAAGGAAGUCCCCAGGUGCGCAAUGUUUGCAUGCAGUUGUUUGAUGGAGCCAGCCUUGGGAGCUCUUCAGUCUGUGAAAUCACAUUAUUCCAGGAAUUAGGAAGGCAACCAAGACAACACUUGGACUGCAGUGCCCUCUACUGUUUCAGAGUAAUCACUGCAAUGGCAUGCUUUCCCCCACCCCUCUUUUUGGAGUUCUCCUGUAGCUCUGAGGCCCAGCUCUCCAAUGGGUUUUACUGUGAUAAAACAUUUUUAGGUUUAUUAGAACCUACAUACACUUUAUUCUAGACAAAUAGUACAGAUUAUAUAAGUUACAUUUUGAUAAACUCAGUGAGAGUUAGAAAUAACUCUGAAACUAUAGAAUAGCAUUUGAGACUGCAUUGAAAAACACUAGAUUUGGAACAAGUUUCUCUCCGUCUCCCCUCUGUCAUCUUGAUGCUUUGGUUGAUGGUAGCUGGAUUUGCAGCCAAUGCAUAGUCACUGCCAUUUCUUCUGUCUGCAGACAAAUCCAGACACUCCUGAUUUCAUUCCAUCACAAUUGGAAUGAAACCUUGCUUGAGAGACUUGGGUUGACAGUGGAAAACAUUGACCUUGUCUGACAUGUGUUAAAAAUACGCAGUGAUAGCUCAUGGUGCAUUGUUGAAUAAGAAAUGGAACUUUUAGUAAGCUGGUUAGUGCUCUUAUGUGAAACAGCACAUUUAAUAAUAGUGUUUAAACUUCUGAACUCCCCCAAGCUGUUCAGCUUUGCUUCAUAUAUGCAUCACAGGGUAACUGUUCUGUUUGUUGGGAUUUCAACCAUUAGGUAGCUGGAGGGUGUACAUUUUUGCACAGGCAAGUUUGUUCUCUCUACUGUUAGUUGUAUUUAUGAAAUUGAGCCUUUUUUUCUUUUUUAAAGGCACUUGCUUUCUUCCUGGUCUCUCUGUGACCCAGGUCCUCCCUCCUUUAUCUCAGCAGCAGGCAUUGCUGAAUGGCAUGAAGCAUGCAUGGAUGUUUGGAGCUACUAUGGUUGGUAGGGAUGUCAAGGGGCAUUAUCCAGUUAGUGCCUGUCAUUCUAGUCUUGAGAGAUUCUGGUGUUCUGCACACACAAAAACCAGGCAUAGUAGUUGCAUUUGCUGGGCGUAAAAUAGUUUUUCUAGCAACUGUGAUGAUAAUGAGCUGUACAGAUUGCUGAGAAACUGGGGAAAGUAGCAUUUUGUUGAGAUUCUGACACCUGGGCUCUCAAAAAGCAAAUGGCUUGAAGGAUCCAGUAUGAAAAUAACCUCUCCUCUUCCCUUUCCUGCAGUUAUUUUAUUAGUUCUUCCUCUUGAUUUGUCUGAAUACCCUGGUUCAUAUAAUUAUUUUGUAACAAGGUCUGAAAUUCAGUUUAUGGUAAUACAGUGUGUAUUUCGUGCAUAACUGCAGAUUAUAGUACCAUCCUUGUAAGUACUUAUGGGACUAGUGUUACCAGGAGAAAGUAGAUCUAGUCCCUGAUGUACACACACUCAAGCUUCAUUUAUGCAGAAAGACCAUUGAUGGACAGGGUGUGUAGUUGCUAUUGCUGUUAUGGCUUGCUAUUGUCCCAGAGAUUUAUUUAUUUAAAAUUUUAUAUCCUACGCUUUUAGUGCCUACCACACGGGACAGCUCACAACAACUUCAUUGCAAUACAGUUGUCUUAGUGGAUUCAAGAGGGGACCAGAGUCCACUCCUUCUAGGGAUGUGUGCUUUUCUCUGAGCAUUUGGUACAUUGGCAGAGAAGCCAGUGGGGGUGAACUUGUAGGAUUAUAAUUGAUGCCUCUUAAGUCAGAACCCUCUUCGUCCAAUGUAAGAGUGUCACAGCAUCUUGAAGGCUUAGUUGUUCUCAGAUACCUGGAUUUUGUGGUACACAAGUGUUGUCCUUGUGUGUGGCUGAAAAUGAACUUCUUGUUGCGUAUAGUGUAGGGUAACGUGUGUCAUAGAGAAUGAAACACUAAAUAAACUGCAGACAGCCUGAUUAUGGAGCAGUUGCCUUGCAGUAUAUUGAUGUACUGUGGUAUGCAAGAGAGAGGGGCGAGGGAGCGAAGGAGGGGCACAGUUCCCUUUUUCAGGGCUGGGGGAAAGCGCUCUGCCUGAGGACAGCUGCUGCCAAUCAGAGUAGACAGUAAUACAGGGCCAGAUUAACCAGUGAUAUUAUUUGAUAUAAAUAAGUUUCAUAUGGUCAAAUUGGCAUUUAAACCCAGACCCAACAGGAAGCUGUUGAGUGAAACUUCCAAAGUAUUCUAGGCAAGGUGACUAGUUGUUAAAGGCUAACUUGUAUUUAUUUAUUUAUUUAGGUGGUGCACCCCCUUCAACGGUUAGCCAGGCUGCUCCUGUGACUCUUCCUGGAAAUCUUCCUUCUAGCAGUCCAUACACAAUGCCCCCAGAGCCUACUCUCUCUCAAAAUCCUCUCUCCAUCAUGAUGUCCCGGAUGUCCAAGUUUGCAAUGCCCAGUUCUACUCCACUCUACCAUGACGCUAUCAAGACUGUAGCUUCCUCAGAUGAUGACUCUCCUCCAGCACGUUCCCCAAACCUGCCACCUAUGAACAAUCUUUCGGGUAAGAAACAAAUGCUGUAUAGGUGUGCUGUGGCUGGUAGCAUGUGGUUUGGAGAAUAUCAUAGGGAGAAGCUAAUGAAAUUGCAACUUGCAUGUGGCAAAACAGUGACACACUGAAAUAGCCUCACUGAAAUUGAGUUGUCAGGAACUACUCACCUAGGAUGGACAGCUUAAGGUGGGGGCAGCAAACAGCCUGUGUAACUUAACCCAAGUGUUUGGUAGGAGGCUGCUGAUGUAGGCAGUUACAUAAAUUAUCAUACCCUUCUCUCUUUUUUCACAAUUUUAACUUUCCAACAGUAGUUAUCCACAUUGAAAAUGGAGCAUUGUGACUUGCAAGUAUAGCGCAAACUAUUACACCAAGUGUAAUUUGUGAAAAAAGACUAGGGAUUAUGUCUCUGUGUGUCUCAAGUGAUCACGUUUUAUCAUAGUUUACAUGAGAGCCACUUACCAGUCUAAGAAUCAUUCUGAUAUUGAUGUAGUGUGUUCUGUGACUUGCUUGUGGCUGUUUCAGUUGGGUCUUUCUUAGAACCCAGAAACAAGUUCUACCCAAGGAAGUGAGAAAUGAUGUCAGAUUUUGUUUGACUCCAAUUGGAUUAAGAGGAGUUUUAAAAGCUGUUGAGUUUAUGUCAAGCUGACUUAGAAGAGUGACAACUUCUCUUCUUCAUAGUAAGGUGUUGAGGCUUAGAUUAAGUGUGUCCAGGUUCUUGAUUCAGGUUCCAGGAUGGUUAGACUUUAGGUGGUAGUACUUCUAUUUUGAAAAAGCACACCUUUGCUCUUUUAACCAACCUGAUGGAAAUAGUGAGAUAAAUCGCUUCAUGUGACUAGAAUCCUACAACAGUAAAAUGUAGUGAGAUGGUUGUGGAAGAUUUGGAGCUUAGCUGUGCCAAGCAACUCCAGAAUGACACCCUCUGCCUCUGUUCUGGACCCCCUCUUUUUGUAGGCAAUGUUAUUCCUGGAGACCUUCUCCUUUAGUGGCUUCUUGUAGAAGGAUUUGGAGUAAACUUGCAUCAUUUUCCCUUCUAGAGAAGGGUUAAAUUCCAUUGUUCUGCUGUUGUAUCAGUCACCUAUGGAAUACCUCAAGGAAAAGACCAAAUUGUUACCCCCAUUCUUUUUAAGCUUGCGUAAUACUUCUGAUUCACCCUGGUGAAAAUGGUGGAUGUUUUCUAGGGCAUACUUGGGGCUUCCCUUGUCCUCUGUGAACCCUUGAUCAUGCCUUAUUACAGUGUGACCGGGUUGCCUUGGCAGAGAAGUCAACAGUGGAAAAGGUUCCCUCAUUUCAGCAAUUGUUCUUACCUUCACCAACAUGAAACCUCCCCUUUGACAUUUGUCUUUGUAUUGAGAGAUUCCAGUAUGUGCAACGGUCUCUGAUGGAAAAUAUGUCAGCAUUUGGGACAACCUCUUUGUGUUGGUGUGCUUUCGACGUGGUCCUUAUUUUAUGCGAGGCUGUAGUAUAGCAAGGAGAUAUUUAGCUAUCCAUAGAUUACUCAUUUCCACAUUAGAAGUCACGUAUGCAGUACUUGCCAUUCCUGAAAGCUUUUUGUAUUAUCACCUACUUGCUCUAAUCUUAACCUUUUCCCCCUCCCAUUCUCUCUAGGAAUGGGCAUUAACCCCCAGAAUCCUCGCAGUUCAGGUCCCAACCAGGUGGGCCCGAUGCCAACUCUUAGCCCAAUGGGAAUGACGCAGCCUCUAACUCACAGUAACCAGAUGCCCUCUCCAAAUGCUAUGGGACCCAGUAUACCUCCUCAUGGGGUCCCUGGCCUGAUGUCACACAAUCCAAUGAUGGGUCAUGGUUCCCAGGAUCCACCAAUGGUACCUCAAGGACGCCUGGGCUUCCCACAGGGGUUUCCUCCAGUACAGUCCCCUCCCCAGCAGGUGCCAUUUCCACAUAAUGGACCGAGUGGAGGACAAGGCAACUUCCCAGCUGGAAUGAGCUUCCACGGUGAGGGACCUCUGGGACGUCCCACCAGCAUGCCCCAAAGUUCAACAGAUCCCGCACUUUGCAAGUCUGGAGGUCCCGGAGGACCCGAUUCUUUCACUGUCCUAGGAAACAACAUGCCUUCAGUUUUUACCGAUCCGGAGCUGCAGGAAGUGAUUCGCCCUGGAGCUACUGGAAUACCAGAAUUCGACCUGUCCAGGAUUAUUCCAUCAGAGAAGCCUAGCCAGACACUACAGUAUUUCCCUCGUGGGGAAGUACCGGGCCGCAAGCAGCCACAGGGUGUUGGGCCUGGGUUUUCUCACAUGCAGGGAAUGAUGGCAGAACAGAAUCCGAGAAUGGGGCUGGCGUUAGCUGGCAUGGGGGGGCCGGUGGGCGCACCUGAUAUUUCUCUUGGAGGAGCGUCAUCCAUGCCAGGUCACAACCCAAUGAGACCUCCUGCCUUCCUGCAACAAGGCAUGAUGGGACCUCACCAUCGGAUGAUGUCACCAGCACAACCAACCAUGCCUGGCCAGCCCACUCUAAUGAGCAACCCAGUAGGCAUGAUUCCAGGCAAGGACCGCGCUCCUACUGGGCUCUACAGCCAUCCGGGACCUGUGGGUUCACCUGGUAUGAUGAUGUCAAUGCAGGGCAUGAUAGGACCCCAACAGAACAUCAUGAUUCCUCCACAGAUGAGACCCCGGGGAAUGGCUGCUGAUGUAGGAAUGGGAGGAUUUAGCCAAGGCCCUGGAAAUCCAGGGAACAUGAUGUUUUAA